UGGAUCAGCUUGACCCUUCUUUACUCAAUGCUGUGCAUGUGGACUAGUGUAGAAUGCUGGUCCUUUUACUACUCUAACGACACCAUGAAUUGGUCACAAGCAAGAGCCUGGUGCAGGGAGCACUACACAGACAUGGUGGCCAUCCAGAACCAGGAGGAGAUUGGGCAUCUCAACCCGUGGCUGCCCAGGAAACCCACAUACUACUGGAUUGGAAUCUUCAAAAUCAAUGAUGUGUGGACCUGGGUAGGCACCAACAAGGCUCUGACACCAGAAGCAACCAACUGGGCAGUGGGAGAACCAAACAACGGCAGAAAAAGACAGAGAGGGGGUUUGAAUGAGGACUUUGUUAAGUGUGACAAAAACGAGGUGAUCGUCCCAAAUAAAGGAAGUGUGAAUUGCACUCAUAAGUAUGGAAACUUCUCCUAUGACUCCCAGUGCAGCUAUUCUUGCGAGGAAGGAUACCAGCUGAGUAUGUCGAGACCCCUGAAGUGCACUGCCUCCAAAACCUGGUCCGAGCAGCCUCCUACAUGUAGAUUGGUUCAGUGUCCAAAGCUGUCCGAUCUAGAGAGUGGAUCCAUGAAUUGCUCCGAUCCUCUGGGCCCUCUCAGCUACCAGUCCACCUGCAUAUUUCAUAGUGCAGAGGAUUCGAGGAAUGCGACGGCAACGGAGUCCAAACCCAAAUGGCAUUCAUGA